UUAGAAUUGACUGAAAUUGGGAAAACGUACUAAGUGUGGGACUGGUAUUCAUAACACAGAAAGUGACCUCAAUGGCUCUCUCAGUCUCUGCUGUAUGCUUAAGAAAGAAUUUAGAAUGCUUUGCAGAACAAUGAAGAUUCCAAUCAGAGAUUGAGAGAUUCUAAGAUGAAAAUAACACCUAAAUGACAACCAAACAAUCAGCUUGUAUUAAUUAUCUGCAAGGGAGCAUUCAGUACCCUAAUAUAGAGGCUGCUUGAGUCAAGGACAGCCACUUUAGAGCUCUUAGAUAUGUCUCAAUAUCUCAAAUAUUGAGUUGAAAGUGACCUCAAUCUGUAUUUCUUACAAGCACUGGUUACAAAAAAACAAAGUGAAAUAUGGCUCUGCUAAGAUUUAAUGCUGUUUGUUAGAUAUUCUGGAAUGAUAUCGUAUAUUCAAUAGAAUAAACAAUUGAAUAAACAUUGUAUAUUGUGGAAUGAAUGAUCACAUGGGGAAUAAUUUUUUCCCAUGGUGAGAACUGGAGAGUGAUGAGGCGAUUUAUGUUAACCACCUUACGGGACUAUGGGAUGGGUAAGAGGUCUAUGGAAAGCAGAAUAGCUGAAGAGUGCAGUUUCGUGGUAAAGAAGUUUGAAUCUUACAAAGGAAAACCAUUUGAAUUCAGAAGAAUUAUGACUGCAGCUGUUGGCAAUAUCAUAGUAUCCAUUUUACUUGGGAAGCGAUAUGACUAUGAAGAUCCAAAAUUUAUUAAAUUGUUGAGCUUGGCAACAGAAAAUAACAGGCUUAUGGGAAGCCCUUCAAUGCAGCUAUGUAACCUAUUUCCUAUGCUUGGCUAUUUUUUUGCCACUCGUAAGAAAGUCCGGAAUAACAGAAAGGAAUUGUAUGCUUUCAUCAAUGAAAACUUCAUCCAAUGUUUCAACAAUCUGGAUGAAAAUGACACAAGAAACUUUAUUGAUUCAUAUCUCGUACAACAGCAACAGGAAAGGAAGACUAAAAAGAAUGGGUAUUUCAACUAUAAAAAUCUAGAAGGGUCUGUGUUAAAUCUAUUUGUUGCUGGUGUGGAAACAAUAACAAGCACUCUAUUUUGGGCCUUUACUCUGAUGAUGAAGUACCCUUUAAUUCAGAAAAAAGUCCAAGAAGAAAUAACAAAUGUUGUUGGAUAUGCUCAGCCAAGAGCUGAACACCGAACAAAAAUGCCAUACACAGAUGCUGUAGUCCAUGAAGUUCAACGAUAUGCUGAUGUUGUUCCCUUAAACUUGCCCCAUGCAACUACAGAGGAUGUUACCUUUAAGGGCUAUUUCAUUCCAAAGGGCACACAUGUGAUUCCCUUGCUGACUUCUGUGCUCUGUGAUGAAUCUCAGUGGGAGAGACCUCAUGACUUCUACCCUGAACAUUUUCUCAACGCUGAAGGAAAAUUUGUAAAAAGAAAUGCAUUCAUGCCUUUCUCUGCUGGUCAAAGAAUAUGUCCAGGUGAGACCCUUGCCAAAACAGAAAUAUUCAUGUUCUUUGCUAGUCUUCUGCAGAGAUUCACCCUCCAGCCAGCUCCUGGAAUAUCAAAAGAAGACCUGGACAUGACCCGUGAAGUUGGGCUUACCACACCUCCCAAGACUUACAUAUUAUGUGCUCUACCACAUUCUUAAGAGUAGGAACGUUUAGUGUUUCAUUAAUCUGAAUUGCUCAGCUGCAUCUAUCUCCUUUGGAGCAUUUUGGUGGCCUUCAUUUAUGCCUUCUCUGAAACAUUAAAGGUAAUACAUAUCAUUCUGAUGAGUCCCAUCAAAUCAGUGGGGCAAAGGAUACAUUAAAAUGACCUGUUAGUUAUUGUAUCAAUCACUAUAAAGAAAAAUCAACAAAGUGGUCCAAUUAUUUUGACCAAUGAUUACAUUAAACUUGAAAUCCCCUCUCUUUCUUUCCAUGUAGCAUGGCUGUAGUGUAAGAAUGUGAUCUGUGUAAGUACUGUAGAAACAGGCAAUGGGGAAACAAUAAAUGGGAACCAACCUCAAUUCCUCUUUUUGAUUAUGACUUAUUCAUUGUUGUUGUAUUUUCCCACUUCACCAAAGUUUAAUUAUGAAGCUUAGAGAGUAAUGUGUUCCCCACAUACCAGAACAGAUUAUUUUGGGUUUGAGGUAGUCCUGUAAACAGGACUGUUCCCUGCUUCUCUUGCUAAAUCAUCUGUGAAGUGAAAUGAUGGCUAUCAAGGGGAACACUUUGAACAGAAGGACAACUGUGGAGACACUUUCAUUCAUCCUGAAAGAUAAUAAGAACAUCUCCAGAUCAAAUCAGUAGCUUGCACAGGAAUGUAGUUUUCACAUGUUCCCUAUUCAUAUGUGUACAUCAACAUUUAUGUACAUGUUGCCAAAUGGAUACAGGAAUAAAGAUAUAGUGCACAAAUUGCAGAUUCAUAUACUGUAUUUUAGAGAAGCAGGCAAUAAGAACUUGAAACUGGGGGAAAUGACUCCAAAAACACUCAUGUCAAAUAAUAUAUGAGAAUCAUGCCUUCCAUUUAAAAAAGGAAAGGGGCAUUAGUAGAGUCCACGAGUUUAUCAUUACCUUCUUUCUGGUGUUGCCCAGUAUCUCAUUUCUUGAAUUAACACUACACAUCGGAAAACAUCAGAAGGUUUUUGUCUUUGAAAGAAAUAGAAUGGUCUUAUGUUAUCUUAAAACAUUAUUGGUUUGUUAGUCCUAAAGUUUCAUGGAUCAGAGCCCACUUCACUAGAUCCAUGGAGUAUAGUCCUGAGGAUAUGGGAUCUAUCAUUUACAGAAAAGCCCUGCUCAUAAUCACUCAUGCCCUACUUGCUUCUUCUUUGGAUCUCUGCAAUGCCCUACUCUAUAUUAAAUUGUGCUUGAAGACCACCUAAAAACUUUAAUUGGGCCAGAAUACAGAAGUUUGAGAGUCCCAGAGUUCUUCAUUGUUACACUACUACUGCAUGAGUUUCUUUCUGGGGGCAAUUCAAAGUGCUGAUUAUAAAUUUUAAAGCCCUAGAUGGCACAGAAGCUGGUUGAGGUACUGCCCCUUCAUGGUGAAGUCUACCUGCCUAGCUAGAUUUUAUAAAGUAGGCUAGGUCCGCACUGUUAAAUAUUGCCAUCUGCUGAGACUUCCUAAGUGAGCCUUUUCCAACUGUCUUAGAUUCAGAUGGCCCAUACCGCCCUUGUUUUCUAGAAGGCCUUGAAGAUUUGGCUUUUCCCUCACACAUUGGGUCAGAAUGGGAGGUCAGCCAAACUAUUUUUUCUUGAGAUGAUACUCUUAUGGAACCUAUGUCCCAAAGGUGCUUUUUUCAAGAGGCAACUGGACUUUCUUGUUUUUCUUUGAAGAUGUUUCACUUCUCAUCCAAGAAGCUUCUUCAGCUCUGCCUGGAUGGUGGGGAAUGGAAGGCUUUAUAUUCCUUGCAGAUAGCUGGUCAUUUGCAUCCUUUUAGAGAGUCUUUGAGGCCACUUGGAGAUUUAUCAGUGUCCUCAGGAUCACCUGAGUAGUGCAAAUAUGUGUGGAGCCUUCUUGUCUGCAGGAUGUUUUCUGCCCUGCGCCUGUCUUCAACAGUGAAGGGACACAGGGCAGAAAACAUCCUGCAGACAAGAAGGCUCCACACAUAUUUGCACUGCUUUAUGUCAGUGGUGACAUUUUUUUAGUACCAGUUCUAUGGGCGUGGCUUGGUGGGCGUGGUGUGGCUUGGUGAGCGUGGCUUGGUGGCGUGGCAGGGGAAGGAUACUGCAAAAUCUCCAUUCCCACCCCACUCCAGGGGAAGGAUACUGUAAGAUCUCCAUUCCCACCCCACUCCAGGGGAAGGAUACUGUAAAAUCUCCAUUCCCACCCCACUCCAGGGGAAGGAUACUGCAAAAUCCCUAUUCCCUCCCCACUCCUGGGGGAAGGAUAUUGCAAAAUCUCCAUUCCAGGAGUGGGUUCUACUUACCUUUACUACCAGUUUGCAGCGUUUUGGUGAUGUUGGGGUCAGUGGGCGGAGCCUCCUGCUGGUUUUACUACCGGUUCUAUAGAACCGGUGCGAACCGGGGGCAACCCACCUCUGCUCCAUUCCCACCCCACUCUGGGGCCAGCCAGAGAUGGUAUUUGCCAGUUUUCCAAACUACUCAAAAUUUCCACUACCAUUCUCCAGACCCUGUCAGAACCUGCUGUAUUUCACCCCUGCUUUAUGUGCUCCAGUACUUGCUUGUUAGUUACCUUUGCUGUCCAAGGAACACAUAGGCGCCUUCUCCAGCAUCACAGCUGAAACAAGUUGAUUUUCUUCCUGACUUGCUUUUUCAAGUUCCAACUUUCCAACCAUAGAUUGCUACUGGGAACACGAUAGAGUUCCAUUUGAUUACCAGGCUGAUGUCAGGCAGCAAAAUACUUUUUUGGAAAUAAAAAAAAAAUACCAUUUACAAAUCUGGGAUCCUUUUGUUCACUGAAGUUUCUGUACUCAUUUCAGAAUGCAGUUAAGUCUUGUCAUUUUACAAUGGCUGGAAUAUAUUUUUGCUGAUUCCAUCCCCACAUUGAUUGGUUUCUCCUUGGUGUUCUGUUGCCAUCAUGAUUUGGUAGGGAUCUUGCAAAUGUCAUUGGAGAAUUUCCCCCAUUCCUUUUUUAGUUAUUUUUACUUAGGUUUCCUUUUAUAUAUAUAUACUAUUCAUAUGUGUUCUCAAAUGUAAUCUAUACAAAAAAUGUAUUCAAUUUUUUUAAAAAAAAUAUCUGGGAGAUAAAGAUUUCCUCUAGCUGAGUUAGUCAUAGAUAGCUGGACUAACAAAAGAGAGAAUUAAAAUUAUUUAUAAAUAAGAACUUGCCAUCUCUAAACUUUUUCUUAUCAGUGUAGUACUUCAAAAGACAACCAUGCGCGCAAACAUCUAUAGAUAAACAAAAUCAGCUGCUUUCCAAAUAUGAGUUUGAUCUUCCUUGCUUGCAUUCCCAGUCUCCAAAGGUGAAUGUUACACAUUUUAUAAAUUAUGUAUCUUUUCCUAGACAAAACCUCUUUACCGCAGUGAUGGCUGAGAGGAAAGAGUAUAUUAAUUGUUUGCUAACAAUGUUUGGUUAGGCAGUAAUAGAGCAUUUUGCAACAGUGGAGCUGUUGUAAUCUUUGGUCAGCCUUCGCUCUUCAUUAUGUCCAUUUUUAAGCUCCUGAUUAGAUAUGGAGUUUGUUGUUUCUGUUAAAGCAUCAAACUGUUAGAGAUAUUUUCUGUGUGUGUUUGAAUAAUGCUUGUUGCACACUUAGUUUUUUCUGCUUAUUUUGUAGAAUAAAAUGCAACCCAGAAAAGUACCUAAAAUGCAAAAUCAACUAUAAAUUAAUAUUCAGUGGUCAUCUGAAUAUUAAUGUAUAUAAUUUAUGUUGUGUUUUAGGUACUUACCAGAAUGUCUUCUGAUAAGAGAAAGCUUGUUAGUGCUAAUUGACCUCCAGUCUGUCUCUUUAUGAACUGCAAACAACUUUUUUCCUUAUUAACAUCUUAAAAUGUAUGCCCUUUCUGUCAUCAGACCUCAUUUAAAUGGAUAUACAUGUAACAUGUGUGAAUGCAUGGAGCUGAUUUACUGUGCAAAAGAGGGGUUCCUUUUAUCCUGUCCAAUCAACUUUUCCCUUGCAUUUUCUUUGAUGUGUUAGCUAUAAAAUGGAAUGUAAACUACGGAUUUGGGUUCCCUCUUUGAAUGAGAGGAGUCCCUUUUAUCAGAAUAUUCUAAUAAAUUGUAAUUAAAUGAU